GCUGUCCUCCUGCAUCUGUUUUGACAAGCAGACAGAACAUGUAUGAGCUUUGUCCAUGCAGAUCAACUUCUGUUUUGCGGUUUGUCAUCGCUGUUUUGUUUUCUGCCAGUCUUUUCAUAUAAAUCGUUUGUUGAACUAGUCUCUCUGGUUCACGAGACAUUCAAUGUUUUCUUUUUUAUUCGGAUAGUUUAUGAUCGAGAGCUCGAGAAGGGAUUUUAGAGCAAUGAGACACUUCUGUUUGGUCGAAAUCAGACUCAUCAUAGCCACGUAACGUUUCUCCAGUCUGGAGAUGAUGUUUUGUUGUCUUGAUAGAGUCUGAUCUAGCUGUCCGUGGGGGGUCGGUGAUGAUUAUCCAGAGGGUCUUAUAUGUGUCUCAAGUGGCAUUACAUUUGAGCUGAUCAGUGGCACUGCUGCAAUGAGGCUGGCAUCGGACAUCUAUUGAGCUGGUGUUUUGAUUGACUAGACUAGCAUACAGCAGCGUAUUUGAUCUUACCACCUCAGAUCAUUAACAUCCGAAUGGCUGUGCGCCUGAUCGAUAGCUAGCCAAUGUCUAAGGGACGAGUUUUAAAGUCUCAACAAAGACCCGAGGACGUAAGACGGAGCGCAGGCAUCCUGGAAGGCAUCACGUUGUCUGUGUCCAGCAUGAAGCCCGACAGAGAAGCAGCCGAGGAGUUCUUCGAGUAUGAUGCUGAGGAGUUCCUCGUGUUUCUGACGCUCCUGAUCACAGAAGGGCGGACUCCAGAAUGUUCCAUAAAGGGUCGGACCGAAGGGCUUCACUGCCCACCUGCCCAGUCAGCUAUGCCUGUCCUCACCAAACAUGAGUGUAGUGACAAAAUACCACAGUGUCGUCAGGCAAGGAGAACAAGGUCAGAGGUCAUGUUGCUAUGGCGCAAUUACAUCCCCAUCAUGAUUGAGGUGAUGCUUCUUCCUGACUGUUGCUAUAGCGAUGAAGGCCCUACCACAGACGGGACAGACCUAAAUGACCCAGCAAUAAAGCAAGAUGCACUCUUACUGGAGAGAUGGACAUUACAACCAGUGCCCCGAAAGAGUGGAGAUCGCUUUAUUGAGGAGAAAACCCUGCUUUUGGCUGUACGAUCCUAUGUCUUUUUCUCACAGCUCAGCGCAUGGCUGAGUGCUUCUCAUGGACUCGUACCCAGAAACAUCCUUUACAGAAUAAGUGCAGCUGAUGAGGAACUGAUAUGGAACUUCUCGCAGACUCCCUCUGAACAUGCCUUCCCUAUCCCAAACAUAUCUCACAGUGUUGCUCUCAAAGUGCUGGUUCAGUCUUUGCCCCGCCAGCCCAAAUACCCCAUACUGAAAUGUAGUAUCCACUCAGGUCUAGCUUUCCUGGGCAAAAGAGGCCUGGAGCGUGGUGAGAGGAGCAACCAUGCUGGAGAGAACCACAGUUCCCUCCGUCUGCCAGGGUCUCCACUUUUCUCCAGGCCUCUACACCCUUCUCAACCUCCCCACAGCCCUCUAAACAUCCGUAAAUGUCCCCCUCGCCCAGAAUCCCCUCACCCACCAGGAAAAGCCGUGAAAUGGUUGUACUCUCGGCUGAAUGGAGGUGUGGAAGCCCCUCCCACAGAACAGUACAGCUUGUGUACUAAUGGUGCCGAGAGCCCUAAGACAUCAAACAUGUUGUCACCAGUUCGUGCUUUCAAAUCACUGUCCCUCACCGACACUUUAGCAAUCCCCAGCCCGAGUCCCAGCUUCCUCUCAGGUGAAACCAACCCCCUCAUUGGCUCCCUACUCCAGGAGAGGCAGGAAGUCAUCGCUCGCAUUGCUCAGCGGCUAAAUUUCUGUGAUCCUACAGCUCCUCAUCUCCCUGAUGCCCUCUUCACUUCUCACGAACCGCCAGGACACAAAGCACCCUGGAGCUCCUUGCAGGACAAGGAGCGCAUGAAGAAAUCCAAAGAGUCCCUUUUACCUGUUCCUCAAACUCAUAAUGGAACUGGCCCAGAAAACACAGAGAGGAGCCGGUCUUCUCUCUAUGACACCCCCUUAAGCCCUAGAAGCAGAAAGCGUCUAGACCAAGUGGAAAACGAAUCAAAAACUUCCCCAAAACUGUCAACUCGUAAGCGUCUGGUACUAAGUGACCAGUCUGCUGAAGGUUCAAUGAUUGCAGACGCCGUUCAGGAUAUCUCAAGGUUGAUUCAGGAGAGACUUCAACAGUCCUACAGUCUCCUAAAUGUCACCUAUAAAUUAAAGUCCACUCAAACCGAACAGGUAGGCACAAGCCAUGGUGCCCAUUCAAACGGCUUUGUUUCGCCAUCAAGCAAUGAGUCCUCAAGCAUAGCCAAUGGCCAGGGAAGCACAAAGCCUCAUAAUUCUCCAAAAACAAAAUGUUGUCAAUCUCCUGACUCUAGUAAUAGCCAGCAAGACUGUUCUUGUAGACCACUACAUGUGGCCAUCCCAAUACUUGAAGAGCUCAGCCUCAAAAAAUCACAGCCGUUAACGACAAGUAACGACAAACAGAACACUAAAAGUGAGUCCUGGACCUCUUUGAAAGACCACACAAACUCUUAUCAGGAGAAUGGGCUGACACUGACUGGAUACUUCCAGCCUUUCAAGACACAAGAGUCAAUUGAAGAGAAAGUAUCAGAGAAGCAUGUCCAGGUUGGGUCCACCUGUCCUGAGAAGGAUGAGAACCAGGUGCCUUGGGCAUCUCUCUCUAGAACACCUGCCAACCUUAUCCACAGCACCCCCAGUCCUUCCGUUGGUCCUACCCCAAGCAGUUAUAUGCAGAGAUAUCCCCCCUUCCCUCUGAAGCCACGCAGUAAAUGGAAGAAACAGAAUCGUCACUCCAUAGACGGAACGGCAACGAAAGCUUUCCACCCCUGCACAGGCCUGCCUCUCCUCUCUAGCCCUGUUCCUCAAAGAAAAUCUCAGACAGGAUAUUUUGAUUUAGACACGUCUGUGAUUCAUUGCAAAGGUGUGCCAUGGGCUGCCAAUAAGAGGGUUUUAAAAAGAUCACAAGACUGUGAUGAGUCUCAGCAGCAGAUCCUUAGUGCCAGCGCUCCACCCGCCAGCCUCAGCCUUUUGGGAAACUUUGAGGAGUGUGUCCUGAACUAUCGUUUGGAGCCAUUGGGUAAUGUUGAGGGUUUCACUGCUGAGGUGGGCGCCAGCGGAACAUUCUGCCCCAGUCACAUGACAUUACCUGUGGACGUGUCUUUCUACAGCGUCUCUGAUGAUAAUGCACCUUCCCCCUACAUGGGUGUCAUAAAUUUGGAGUCUCUCGGUAAGAGGGGAUAUCGUGUACCUCCUUCAGGAACCAUUCAAGUGACCUUAUUUAACCCUAAUAAGACGGUGGUUAAGAUGUUUGUGGUGAUGUACAAUCUGAGGGAAAUGCCCGCCAGCCAUCAGACAUUCCUGCGGCAGAGAACCUUCUCAGUCCCCGUCAAACGCGAGUUCAAUGGACAGAACAACAAAAAGAAGCCCGUGCUGGGGCAAGGACGAACCCUCCGCUACCUCGUCCACCUGAGGUUUCAGAGCUCCAAAUCUGGAAAGAUCUACCUCCAUCGGGACAUCCGGCUCCUUUUCUCCCGUAAAUCCAUGGAAGUGGACAGUGGUGCUGCCUACGAGCUCAAGUCUUUUACAGAGUCACCUGCCGAUCCCCCUUUCUCUCCAAGAUGCUAAUCUAAUCUAAACUAGUCCAUUCUUAAUGCAGCAUAGGGGCCUUACUAAAUCAGAAUCGUUCAUCUGCCUGUAUGUAAAUUAAAAAUAGAGACACCCACUCACUUGUGCACACACACAUUCAUGAAAGGACUAUUAACAUUAAUGCCCCUUUCCUUAAAAAAAUACUCACAAUUAAAUCAUCUGUUCAAAUGGUAUUAGGUUUAAAACAACAGAUGGUUGAGAAUUUUGAUUUAGUUGCAAGCUUAUUGCCAGAUUUUCGGCAUGGUUCGAGAAAACUAUAUCCAUGGACCAUUUUUUUAAGAAAAGACUAUUAAAUAAAUAACUGCAAAGGAUGUUUGAAGAGCACUGUGUUUUCCACCACAACUGGAACAACAUUUUGUUUUGUUCAAGGAUUUCUUUCUUUGUACUGUUACCAAACAUCUUUAAUUGGAAAUGUUGCAAUAGAAAAACAAAUAUCUUACUAGCUUAGUGUUUACAUAUUUCCUUUUUUUUUUUCUUCAGUUAUUUAAUAUUUAAAUUGAAUUUAAUUUACUGCACAUGUGAUGCCUGUUGCGCAAAACAUUGACGUAGUGCAAAAAUAUGUUUCAAUCAUACAAUGUAUUUUUGUCUUUCAAAUUCAGAUAUUAAAUAAAAUAAUGAUAUAUUAUAUCUAUAAAAUAUUCUGUAAACAUGCAUGUCUUUGGUUUUCCAUUUUCAACAAUUUACAAAAUAGAACCAACCAUUCACAUGGUACGCACAGUCAUGGAAAACCUGGAAAUAUCAGGGAAUGUUAAAAAUGUGAUCGGAAGGCCUGGACAUGAAACAGUCGACUAAACCAGUCAGGAAAAUUAUUGCUGAAGUGUGUAAAUUUUGGUUGUUAAAGUACUUUCUCCUAUCCCAGCUUAAUAUGCAGAGAAAAAUUACUUGAAGUUCAGACAUGAAACUCUACAUGGCUUGCAUAAAGCAGCUGAUAGGUCCUUUGACAUGUAAUAUUUAGCCAGUCAACUUGCUUACUCUCUCUUUUUCAAACACUUAAAUUGCCUCGGUCAUUUGCAGUAAAGCCGAUUUCACUGCAGCGAGCUACAAGAGUUUUCUCUCUGAAACCCUUCUCCUCCCCAGCACCACUUGUCUAGAUCUGGUUUAAAGAGAUUGUAUGUAUAUCUGGGUUUCCAUCCAACUAUUUAUAUUUUUUAUUUGCACAUAAGAAAACCUAAAUGUAAACACUCGAUAUCUCAACAUUCACUCAAAAGUUUAUGUGCUAGGCAGAGUUGGAUUUUCUAGAGUUUCACACAAGGCAAAUGUGCAUUAAUGGCUCAGGUGGUAGAGCAGGUUGUCCGCUAAUCACAGGGUUAGCGGUUCGAUUCCCAGCCCACAUGACUCCACAUGCUGGUGUCCUCGGGCAAGACACUGAACCUCGAGUUGCUCCCAAUGGCAGACUAGCGCAUUGGAUGGCAGCUCUGCCUUCAUUGGUGUUUGAGUGUGUGUGUGAAUGGACGAAUGAGACGCAGUGUGAAUCGCUUUGGUAACCGCCAAGGUUAAAUAAAGGUGCCGUUAUUGGUGUGUGAGUGUGUGUGUGAAUAGGUGAAUGAGAUGCAGUGUGAAGCGCUUUGGUAACUGCCAUGGUUAAAUAAAAGUGCUAUAUAAGUGCAGACCAUUUAUCACAUUAUGAUCUCAGUUUGGCCAAAUUCUACAAGUAGGUAUAGCUGCAGGCCAGAGAUCUCCAAAUGAUGGCAGAAUCUCCAAAAGAGGGUGGAGUUAUUGUAGUUGUGGGUGAGGUUACUCCAGAGGGAUGUUGCGCCUACUCCACAAAAUGGGGUGUCACUUCCGCUCACGGUUAAGGUUAGGGAAAGGGUUAAGUUAGGGGCUAUCUAUAUCUUUGCUGGCAGAUUGGAACUCCCGCCACUUUGCAAAUUCUAUGGUAUGGGUGCUUCUCAGUCAAAAGGCUGCAGCCUUUGUCCUUCCUAAGCCAGUUUUUCUGAAGCUGUAGGUUAUGCUCCUCAGCAUUCAGCACUAGAAUGAGACUGUCUAAUAAGUGUGCAUAUGCUGGGGAUUGUGGGCAAAACGAGGCUGCAUUCCAAGAGUCACAAUUGAGUCGGCGUUUAAUGGUGCUUGAUGACAUGGCGGCCAAGAUAUCUAGCCAAACUAGGCUGCAGCCUUCCGUUUGAGAAGCACCCAUCAUUGGAUGUAAACUUCCCCGUGUAGGUGAUUCCAGAGUUGAGCUCGAUGGAAAAAAUAUCCAAGAUGGCGGACGAAGUGAGAGAAAUUUUCAUUAUAAAUAUACUUCUAAUCCACUUAAUACUGAAAAGUAUCAUUACAUUUUUGUAUAUAAAAGAAAACGGACUGUUUUACACAAAAUGUGCAUGUACUAUGUAUUUAUGUAUUUAUGCUCAUUAGAGUAUCUCGUCAUUGAAAUCAGUUGCGAGUCGAGUCUUGCAUGCACUGUGCGAGCACUGUUAUUUGAAUUAUGUGUGGAGCUGCCUCCUAGGUAGAGUGUAUCAAAUUGCUCUCUUAUGAGGCAUCAUUUCAGGGAGAAUGCUGUCACAGAACACAGCUGCCUAUGUAGCCAGGAGACAGCAAGGCAGCUCACUAAGUUUUGGAACAGACCCUAUAAGUACGCCAUUUGUAGUUUGGCCUCCAGAGAUGUGUAAACCAUGUGGUGCUUUCAGUCAAGUCAUUGUUUUAGCAUGCUGGCCAGCUUAAUACAGCAAUAUUGGCUGAACCAAUGAUGUGAGAUUGUGGCGGGACAAUUUUUUUGGUCCAAAUAAUGGAGAAAGGUAUAGCUGCAGGCAGAGCUCCAAACCACCAGAAAAGAUAUAGGGAGCCCCUAACCCUAAGAGUGUGUGGAAUUGACGCCCCUUUUCCGCCCCCUUCUAGAGUAACGUUGCCCUAUUUUGGAGAUUCCGCCCCCAGUUGGAGAUCUCCUGCCUGCCACUAUACUUACUUUAAAUAAUGGAAGAAUGGGAAACCUGUUUGAAAGCAAUCACUAUUUUUGCAAUUCCAUUUACUUAUACUGGUGGCGCUGAAGUUACACACUACACCUUUAAUAAAGUCAUCAAACUUUUAAUUAUCAAUAAAAUUUCUUAUUAUGCUCCGCUCUUAAAUAUUUUAUUUAAAGUGCUAUUUGUGAGUACAAUAUCUCUAAAAUAAUUUAAAAAAUAUAUUUUCCAGAAAUUAUGCGCAACGGUAAAGUCGCGGAAAUAUACUGGUUAAAACUCAAAAGAAGUUAGAACUCUGAAUUCAAGAUUAUAAAGGUCAUAAGAAUGAGAAGUGUAUGCAACAAGUUCAUGCAUCAUUCUCAGCUGAUAUAUUGUAUGUCUGUACAAACAUAUUGAGAUCAUGCGUUGUAACGGUGUCGUUCUUGCAUGGAAAACAUGUGACAUGAACACAGUAAUCCCCCUCUAGAUGUCUCCGUUUAUGUAACAUGUGACCAGUUUUCUCUGGUAAAUCCAGGCCAUGGAUUUCAUGCCAAUAUCACUGUGUGGCCAUUUCCGGCUUGUACCAACUUUUUUGAGGCAUGUUUACAUUACAUAUGUCUGUUUGGGAUUUGGAGGGUUUAACACAGAUAUGCAUAUCUAUUUGUUAACUGUAGAGGUUAUGUAACAUUACUAUUAAAGACGCUAGAAUAUUUUCAGAGAACCGCUGUAGUUGUUUAAACAACCAGCUGCUUCAUCAUCCUAGAACAACAAUCAGAUUUCAAAUGUUUGUGGCGUGUUUUGCAAUUUGAAAAUGCAUUGAAGUAAAAGUUCAGAAUCUUUGUCAUAAUUCUUCACUGUAACUUUUAACAACCCUUAUAAAAGGUAUUAUACAGUGAUGGCACAGUAUCAUGACCAUAUUCAUGUACCAUGGAAUGUAAUUCAAAUGCAAGGUACAAGGAAAGAAUCUCAAGGUACUUUUUUGUUUGUAAAGUGCAGGACGUGAAUGUUUGACUCUUAAAGUAACAAGGUCGGGACUGGUUAACAAUAAAGUCUGUUAAAGUGUGUUAAACAUGCUUCCUUUGCAAACAUGACCAAUAUAUUUGGACGAAAGUUCAGGAAAUGUGAUAUGGUGAUUUGAUUUCUGUCCCCAGGAUUAAUCAAACAUGUUCCAGGAAGUAUGGAUAAUUAUUAGAUCAUUUAUCUUAUAUGAGGAUAUAAAGUAAAUCCAAAAAACAUCCUCCCCAUCACAGAUGAGUCACAGUAAUUGAAUAUUCUUCUGAUGACACAAUUGAGCUCAUCUCUCUUGUUUCACCAAAAACAUAAUGACAAUGAAUGGAAUAUUUAUCUUGGUGUUGUCUGUGCAUGUCAGGGUCUGACAUUAACCGGGGCUCAGGGCAAAAAUCCCUCUGAAAGUUACAAAAAAAAGACCCUAAAAUUCUAAAUUUGGUGGCAAAAAAAAAAAAAAAAUCAACAUUUUACCUUUGUAAAGGUAAAAAAUGCUCUUGAAUUUCAAAUCUAGUGGACAAAAAGUGCCUUCUAAUGAAAAGGAUAAUUUCUGACACUGGUGCCUAUGCAUAUUAAAGGAAUAUUCUGGAUUCAAUACAAGUUAAGCUCAGUCAACAGCAUUUGUGGCAUGCUGUUGAUUACCACAAAAAAAAAAAAAUAUUUCCACUUGUCCCGCAUUUUCUAAAAAAAAAAAAA